AUGAAUUGGAACACGAGUACUGACUGUUGUAGUUGGGAUGGUGUCACUUGUGACCACUUCACCAAUGACGUCAUCGCUCUCGACCUCAGUUGCGGCAUGCUACGAGGUACCAUCCACCCUAACUCCUCCCUCUUCAACCUUCCUCACCUCCAAACGAUCAACCUUGCUUUCAAUGAUCUUACCAAUUCUCGACUUCCAUGUGAGAUUGGAAGGUUUUCUAAUAGUCUCACACAUCUCAACCUCUCUGAUAGUGGGUUCAUAGGCCAAGUUCCUACGGAUAUCACAAUUCUUCGUAAAUUGGUGUCUCUUGAUCUCUCUAGGAAUGAUUUGAUGCUUGAACCUCAUGUCUUCUACAAUCUCCUACGUAAUUCUACUAGUUUGGAAGAGCUUUCGCUAGAUGGUGUUAAUAUCUCGUCAAUUUUACCCACCUAUGUUAAUCUCCCUUCUAUGAAAUUGCUCCAUCUUCGUAGCACCGGUUUGCUAGGGAAAUUACCUGAUAACAUCUUCAAUCUCAUGUACUUGGAAGAACUUGACUUAUCAUUUAACGAUGUCCUUAUUGUUGAYUACACAAUUGUYGAUCUAUCUAGUAACAUAUUUGAAGGAGGGAUUCUAGAUGUCAUUGGUAGUCUUAGCUCUUUGAUAGUGUUGAACUUAUCCCAYAACAACCUCAAUGRUCGAAUCCCAAAAGCUMUAGGAAAUCUCCUAAAGAUCGAGUCGUUAGAYCUAUCAUGUAACCAGCUAAAAGGAGAGAUCCCUCAAAGUCUUGCCUUUAUCACGGAUCUUGAAGUCUUAAAUCUCUCGCAAAACCAUCUUGUGGGCCGCAUUCCUGAUGGAACACAGUUCAGGACAUUUAAUGCAACCUCAUUCGAAGGGAAUCCGGGACUGUGUGGGUUUCCGCUGCCAAAGUGUGAACAUCGGAGUGCCCCACAGCUUGAAGUCGAUACAGACGAGGAGAGUGGAUUUACAUGGAAAGUGGUGAUGUUGGGAUAUGGAUGUGGAACCUUACUUGGAUUGGGGAUGGGAUAUAUGAUGUUGUCAACGGGAAGACCAAAGUGGUUCAAUGCAAUUGCUGAUGAAAUAGAGCAUAUGAUCAUGCAGAGACGAAACAAGAGAAGACAUGUACCAAUUAGGGAAGGGGAAGAAGAGCGAAGACUACCUGAGACGGAGAGGGAGCGCCGAUUUGGAAAGGGGAAGACCAAAGACGGAGCGCCGGAGUGGAAGCCGGGAGGGAAGACGAAGACGAGGACGGAGUCUGGAAAAUGGAGAUCAGCCGCCGGCCGAGGAAGCGAGGACUGGAAGUCUGGAACCGACGAGCGGAGGAGGUAUAGUAUAGCGGGCUUGGGCCUGACGUCACUUGGGCUAAUGAUGCCCUGGGCGACGGCCCAUGUCCCCCAUGCCCAAGAACUUGAACAGGGGUGCAAACGAUACGAGACAAUUUCUUAG